AACAUUUAACAAUAGAUAUGAAAAUAAUUGUUAAGGCAAACUGACUCGGAAAUGCUGCUGCUCAUUUGACCGAAAGCACUCGCGAAGUAAACGACUGGACAUUAUGCAAACGUUGAUUCUCACAAUUUUUGUUUUGACACUCAUUGGCAGCACAACGGCUGUACUACCAUUUGCUGUUGCUAAGGCUGAAGCAGAUGAGAAUGUAAUCUAUUUGCUGGAUCAAAGUACUAUUUUAGGUGGAUCGGCUGAUCCCGAAAUCACAUCACAAUGUUUCACUUACUACAUGCCACUCUUAAAUCAAAUUUCGCUGAACUACUCAGUGAAAUAUGAGCUAUGCGUUACUGCGGCCUCACAAGCAGCAACCAAGCUUACCGCCUCGGCAGCGCAGAAUCGCGCUACUCUCGUAAAUGAAACGACCACCAUCUGCAAUGCUUUCGCUUCGUGCAACAGCGAGAGCAAUAAUUUGAACUUUCUCAAUUGCUAUGCCACAGCUGCCUCUGGUGAUAUCAGUGCAAUCUUUAAUAUAUCGACUAGCGCUUCAAAUGCAGCUGUUUCUUUGAAGAGUGGACUGCAACAGAUCAGUGAUACUGAGCAAAUAUGCCAAAAUAAAGCCCAACAGACAUACUCAACGCAGACUACGAAAACUUAUAAGGAAUUAUAUGCCUGCUUCGCUAAUGGAUUGCCAACCGCCAGUACUAGUGGCAUAGCAGUUAACACAUAAAGCCUAAAGUCUAUAUAAGAAAUGGUUCAGUUCAAUAGUUUGAAAACUUCUUUUCCAUGUAAUCAAUUAUGCUAAUUAUAAUAUAAACAUUUACUUGAAACAUGAAGAUCAUUAUACAAAAUAUAGUAGUCUUAUACAGUUUAAUAUCAUUGUGGAAAAUUUUCGAAUAGACCUUUUGAUAUCAAAUCCUACUAAAUUGAAAAAAGCG